GUUCAAGGGAUGUUUCAAGUUGUGCGUUAUGAUUCAAACUUUUAUUGGUCAAAAGUAGAUAUACUGCAAUUCAAAAUGUGCGCAAUUACUAUUACCUAUUCGAUUGGCAAAAACGAACAUUAUUGAAAACUUACAUGUAAAGCAUAAUAUAUCGGUGGACUUCAAAUAAUUAUAAUUUAACUAAAAGAGGUUUAAUACGUUUGAAAAGCUAUACGCGGGUGAGAACGGUGUGAUGAGUACAUCGAGUGACUAUCUUGUUUUAUUUGUCACACUGAGAUCAGUGCCUCACUACAUACCUCUGGACACGUUCAUAUCUUAUCAAUGCGCCUCCAGUAUAGCAAACCAUGUGUAUAUUGCUUUGAUUCGGUCAAAACAUGCCUUUUGAUAAAAGCAAUCAUUUAGUAUUUCCGAUACGUUAAUCCUUUUCGCACAGUUCGAUCAAUACGCCAAUAUACAUCUCAAAUGUCCUCAGAUGUAGUAUCAAAUCAAACGUUAAUCAGUAUACAGCUGACAAUUGUGUGAGCAAUCAUGAAGAGUAUUGUGGAAGCUUUUUGUGAUUAUGAAAGAAGUGAGUUCGCAUUCGGAUCCUCCAUGAACAUAGAAGAUACUUUGUUUCAACACAUUCUUGAUCAUGAUGCAAAUGAUUCCCUGUCCCCAACUCAUACCAACGAGUCCAGAUUCACCCCAGAGCAAUCUGUGGACAGCAAUAAGAACUACAGUCAAGAAAAUAGCCAAAGCAGUGCAAAUAACCUAUGUACCAUAUGUAGCGAUCGGGCAACCGGAAAACAUUACGGAGCUGCAUCUUGUGAUGGCUGUAAAGGAUUCUUUCGGCGCAGUGUCCGCAAGAACCAUUCAUAUACUUGCAGAUUUUCCCGUAACUGUGUCGUUGACAAAGACAAGCGUAAUCAGUGUAGAUAUUGUAGGCUAAGGAAAUGCUUCAAAGCUGGAAUGAAAAAAGAAGCUGUUCAAAAUGAAAGAGACCGGAUUAGCUGUAGGCGUCCAAGCCUUGAGGAGGUUGAUACAUCAAAUGGUUUAUCAGUGAAGUUUUUGCUCCGUGCAGAAAAUUUUAGUCGCCAUUUUGGCGCAGCAUUAGAUGAUGCAAACGAUGGUGAUGGUGAUUUAUCGAAUAAGAGAUUUGCUAGUAUAAACGACGUAUGUGAUUCAAUGAAGCAACAAUUGUUAAUUUUGGUCGAGUGGGCUAAAUCAAUACCAGCGUUUGCUGAACUACAGCUUGAUGAUCAAGUGGCAUUACUGAGAGCCCAUGCAGGAGAACACUUGCUAUUGGGUCUAUCGAGACGAUCAAUGCAUCUGGAUGAAAUGCUUUUGUUAGGAAACAACUGUAUCAUAACGAAACAAUGCCCGGAUUCGAAAGUGGCACCGAAUCUCGAUAUAUCUAAAAUAGGGGCAAGGAUCAUCGAUGAACUCGUCAGUGCCAUAAAAGAUAUAAAACUCGAUGAUUCAGAGUUAGCAUGUGUCAAAGCUUUAGUUUUCUUCGAUCCAACAGUGAGAGGCCUCAACCAACCCCAAAAGAUUAAGGCUUUACGGCAUCAAGUUUUGAACAACCUUGAAGAUUACGUUUCUGAUAAGCAAUAUGACUCUCGGGGUCGUUUUGGAGAGAUUUUGCUCUUACUACCAGUGCUACAAUCAAUAACAUGGCAAAUGAUACAGCAAAUAGAGUUGGCAAAGAUGUUCGGGGUAGCUCACAUCGAUAGCUUGUUGCAAGAAAUGCUACUAGGUGAAACUGUUGAAAAUACAGCCCCAGCAACAUCCCCGUUGAAUAGCUUCACGAAUAGCAGCAGCAGUCCUCCACACAUGAUAACUUGCGAUGAUCAUCCACGGCCAUCAAAUGCAAUGGAUACAUCGCGCAGCAACCCUACUACUACUUCAAACUGUGACACAAUCGAUUCAGAAACUAACGAUGGGACUACUAACAUGAUGACGCCAACAAUGAUCGAAGACAUAAGUAGUUAUAGUAUGCCCCAAGCAACGAAUCAUUUCCAACGAGAAGAAAACGUUCAAAAUUACAUGCAUCAAUCAAACGAUGAUGUUUAUAGCAAUCCAUACAUUUCACCAACGUCUUCCGGAAUGCACCCUGUACAUGCAUCGGCCAAUCGGCACCCUCAAACAAAUGUCUUAUUACCUGUUAAUCAGUUAAGCCGUGAAGAAUACCUUAAACUAGAGUUAAAACGUGAACCUGAAGCUAAUGGAUAUUGAUUUGUUGAUUUUUUUGUGAUGUUCCUUUACUAAUCAUAUAAAUUAGCGAAGGAUGCACAUUUGUUGUUGUUAGGAUUUAGUUACUGGAAAUGAUGGAAUUUAAGAAAAGUCUCUUUUCAGAGGUGGCUUGCGCAAUAAAAUAGUUGUUAUUUUUGAUUUUA